AUGUCUCCACCUUUUUCGGACGCCACACCAAUCCCUCUCCAACCCUUCUCGCUCUACAUCGCCCUCGUCCAGAUCCCCAUCCCCGACAAGUUCCACUGGGCGCUCUACAUCACCGACGCCCACGGCCUCGCAACAUGCCACCAAUGGACCGAGCACGUCGGCGCCCUGGCGCAGGGCAAAGCCGAAGGGUACAAGAUCGACGUUCUGCCCCUCGUAACAGACAUGGCGGAGAACUACGUGCAAAACAUCGCGUUCAUCCGCCUCGGCGCCUACGUCUCGCCCAGCGCCCCACCUUCCCAAUCCGAAUCUAGACCCGACAACGUUGACGUGGACUUGACGGGGUACAUGACGCGGCUCUUCGACGGGAUAUUCGAGGGCUACGCUACGAUAUUCGAGAACCGCAAGAAGGGCGUGACGUGCCGAACCUGGCUCAUGCGCGCGCUCGAGAGGCUCAGGACGGCCGGCCAUCUCCCGGGGCUCGAUAAGGACGCUGUGGCGGCGUACGAGCAUGAGGCCAUCGAGGUUGGAAAGCGCGCUGAAGUGCCCGUUGAAGUCGAGGGCGGCCAUCUGCGGAUCGUCACCGCGGUGACCUUCAUCUAG